AUGACAGUGCCUAGCUGGCUAUUUGCUACAAUUAGUAAUCAAAGUGAGAAGGAGCUGAAAGAAAACCAAACAACUAUACUGGCUCUCAAUCACAACCUGACACAACUGAACAACAAACUCAGCUCAGAAAAGGAAAACUUGAGGAGGGACCACAUCAAUCUGACAGAGCAGUUGGACAACCUGACACAAGACUAUACUGUCUUAAUAAGCAAGAUUGCAAACCUGUCUGCCGAAAACAAGAACCUGACAUCACAAAUCACCAAGCUGUCUGCAGAAUACCAGAACCUGACAUCACAAAUCACCAAGCUGUCUGCAGAAUACCAGAACCUGACAUCACAAAUCACCAAGCUGUCUGCAGAAUACCAGAACCUGACAUCACAAAACCAGCAGCUGGAGACGACUGAGAAUGAGCUCAACGUUAGUCGAGCUCAGUGGAGCAUUGAUGCUUUCUGCCCAAAAUCAAAGAACCAAAAGAGAGUGUGUAAAGCUUGUCAGGAUGGCUGGUUACACUCCCAGUCCAGCUGCUAUGCGAUUAAUAACCCAAAUGAUUCUGGUCAGAAAACCUGGGAAAAAGCUCGAGAAAACUGCAGAGGAAAGAGUUCAGAUUUGGCUGUUAUAGUUGAUGAAACGGAGAAGACAUUCAUCAGUAAUAACAGUUGGGGCAGUUCAGGAACCAAUGGAUACUGGAUUGGCCUGAGAGCUGAAGAUGGGAAAUGGAAGUGGGUCAAUGGAAGUGAUCCGACUGAAAACUCCUGGAUACAACAACCUGCUACCAACGGUCAGUGUGUAAUUUCUGUAGAGAAAGAAGGAUGGAAAUCAGUGAACUGUUGUGACAAAAACUUCUGGAUCUGCAAAAAGAAGGCUUUAUCUCUUUAAACACUGCAGUCAUACUUGAGAAGGUUACUGGGUACAAAUGUUAUUAAUGUUUUGAUAUAUUUAUAUUUGUUAUAGAAAUAAUUGCAUAUAUAAGGCGGCACGGUGGUGCAGUGGUUAGCACUGGUUCAAUCCCCGGUCUCCCCGGCCUUUCUGUGUAGAGUUUGCAUGUUCUCCCCGUGUCUGCGUGGGUUCUGUCCGGGUGCUCCGGCUUCCUCCCUCCAUCCAAAGACAUGCAGGCUAGGUUGACUGGUUGCCCUAAAUUGUCCAAUUUAUUCAAACUGAAUUCUUUUUUAAACCUGGUUGUUAAUUUGCUGUGUGUAUCUAAUGUAUACGUACAGUGGGUACGGAAAGUAUUCAGACCCCUUUAAAUU